AUGAGCAGCAACACUGCAGUUAAUUCCCCUGGAUUCCUCGGCUCAAGCAACAUCAGUAGCUACAGUUAUGGCAUAGGAAUCUCCAUUGGAAUUCUGUUGCUCAUCAUAACUAUCACUCUAACUUCCUACUUCUGCACCAGAACACAUGUCUCAUUUGCUCCAGCUGCCAGGAACAGAACAUUCACUCCGAAUGCUCUUCAACCAAACCACUCUGUUGUUGAUGUCAGUUUGGAUGAAGCCACCAUUCUGAGUUAUCCAACCCUGCUAUACUCUGAAGCCAAAACUCAGAAGUCUGAUUCCACUGCAACAUGUUGCUCCAUUUGCUUGGCAGAUUACAAGGACACUGAUAUGCUUCGCAUGCUACCUGAUUGUGAACACCAAUUCCACCUCAAAUGCAUAGAUCCAUGGUUGAGAUUGCAUCCCACUUGUCCAGUUUGUAGAACAUCUCCGAUUCCAACACCCCUUUCAACUCCUCUGGCUGAAGUGGUUCCAUUUGCUACUGUACGAGAUUCUUGAUUAAAAAUAAGAUAAAUUUAUAGUAUAUAAAUUAAUAUGUUCAUUUGAAUCUAUUAUAGUAUAUAAA